AUGUCCGACCCCAGACUUAUUGAUAUGGAACCAGGCGGAGAGAGCACUCAAUAUGAGUCUAUCCGUGAAUUCACACUGAGUCCCUCAAAGCAGACUGGACAGUUGGGAGCCCACGAGAAACACACUAUAACCGAAAAAACCCCCAGUCUAGGAACACAUGUCACAGCAUCCAGUAAUGAUGAGGAUUUUCAGGCACAGAAGCUGGGUAUGGGAGUAUUCGCUGACUCUGGUAAAGAUAUGACACAUGACGAGGACGAUGCCGCUACUAAGGCCCGCAGACUGCAGGGGUAUGGGCCUGGGUCUGGUGUCGGGGCUUAG